AUGGUGCUUAUUACAUUUGCCAAGCAACUUGGUCGCGCUGUCAUCAGAAGAAAGGCUGCCACUCCUUUUAUGAAGCCAUCUUCAUUAGGAUUCAACCUCUACAAAGCAUUUUCCACAGCACCAGUCUCCACUUUGAGACAAUUCGGCACAUUCGACGAGGGCUCUAGAAAUCAGUCAUCAGAAGAUUCCUUUGAGCCAAGAACUCCUCAGCCUGCUUUCAACAACCCAGACACCGAUCUUUUUAUGGGAGGACUUGACUGGUCUGCUGGAGAAAAAGAAAUCAAAGAAUUUUUCAGCGGAUUAGGAGAAAUCACUAUAAGAAUCCCUAAAAACCCAGAAGGUAGAUCAAGAGGCUUCGCAUUUAUAAGAUUCAGCAGUGCUGAGUCUGCCAAAAAAGCCCUCGAGAACAACGGAAAAGAGUUACUUGGAAGGACCAUCAAAAUUGCCCCAGCUGGAGAAAAGCCACCCACCAAGAAUAACAAGCUCUUCGUCGCCAACAUAAGCAACUCAAUAAACCAAGAUACCUUGACCCAGCACUUUUCACAGUAUGGAAAAGUUGUAAGCACUAAAAUCGUCAAUGACCAAGAAGGCAAUCCAAGAGGAUUUGGCUUCGUUGAGUUCGAAAAUGCUGAUGAUGCCUUAAAAGCAUUGAAAUCUUCAGGAGUGGAGCUUGAUGGAAGAGCCUUGGUCGUCAACAUUUCACUGCCUAAGUCAAGAACUGCAGAUCAUGGUGAUAAUUUUGGAGCAAGAAGACAAAGAUUUGAUGAUAGCCAUGAAGAAGAUAGAAGAGGAGGAUAUGGAAACAGAAGAGGAGGCGAUGAUUUUGACGGAAGUAGAAGAGGAGGAUAUGGAAGCAGAAGAGGAGAUGAUUAUGAAGAAGGUGGAAGAGGCGGAUAUGAAGGUGGAAGAGGCGGAUUUGAAGGCGGAAGAGGCGGAUUUGAAGGUGGAAGAGGCGGAUAUGAUGGCGGAAGAGGCGGAUUUGAUGGAAGAAGAGGAUCAAAGAGAGAAUAUUAA